AUUCAUUUCAUGGCGAGUGGCACCAAGUCGUCCAGCACCAGCAGCAGCAGUGGAGCUACGCGUCCCGUCGGCAGCUACUCUUGGACCCAGACUGACGAGGAGGUGACGAUCGUGCUCUCGUUCCCAGCCGUGUUCAGCGUAAAGGACGUUGCUGUCAAACUGUUGCCACACUCGAUCGUCGCUGGCAUCAAAGGCCAUCCGCCAACCAUCUCGGGCGCCUACCCUUCCAACGUCGAACCAGACGGCUCGUGGACGUUUGAAAAGAUCAGCGCCACGGAGAGCGCGGUCGAAAUCCAUCUACAGAAGGUCGACCCGGAGGUAUGGCCUGCUGCGAUCGUGCGCGACGGUCCGAACGCAGAAAUGGACGGCCAGAGUUUGUAUCUGGCUGCAGGCCUCACGGAGGCGUCGGACAUUUACGCCACACUGAGUCUGCUCACAAAGGCCGCCGCGAAAGGAAACAUUCCAGCGCAACUCAAGCUGGGCGCAUGGUUUCAGCUCGGGCGCGAAAACAACUGCCCCGUCGACCGCGAUGUGGCCGAAUCGGCCUGGUACUACAUGCAAGCCGCCGAGGCCGGGAGCGGCGAAGCGCAGUUUAUGCUUGCGCGAGCGUAUGAGCGCGGAGAGGGUGUCGGACGAUCGUACGAGCAAGCGCUGGCGUUGUACACGCAGGCCGCCAAUCACGAGCACAGUUGCACCGAGUCGUCAGCCUUCCAUUUGGGCGUGCUGCUGCAUACAGGCGACGACACUCACUCACCAAACAUUCCCGAAGCCUCCAAAUGGUGGGAGCUGGCUGCCUCGAUGGACUCUGCUGCCGCGCACUACAACCUCGGCGUCUUGCACUAUUACGGCAAGGGCGUCCCUCAGGAUUUGGUCCGAGCGCGCGAGCAUUUCACAGCUGCGCAAGCACUCGAUCCCAAACUGACCAACAUCCCCGAGCUCGACAGUCUGGAUAACGAGGAGGACGACGAAGACGGCGUGGACGAGUUGGAUCCGAUGCGUCGCAGUAUUGACUUUGAGGCGAUUGCCAGAGCUGCUCAGACCAUGAAAGCCGGACCCCCUGCGAUGGUGAUCACGCCCACUCGCAUGGCAGGAUCGCCUGCUGCUUCUGCGGGAACUUCCACACCGACGGGCGCCGGCGCACGGAGAAAAGCCGCGUCAGGCUCGGCUCCUCAUGCGACGGUCUCGCGCUUGACAGGUGCAUCAGCCAGCAGCAGCUCACCGGGCACACCGCGAGCAGGCACCCCUCGCCGACCAGGAACGCCAGCUCCCGGCAUGAUUGCUGACGGCACCGCCACUCCCGCUUCGGACACUAGCGCAGCUUCGCCCAGUUGGUUUAUUGAUGUUGCAGCUGGUGUUUCAGUGCUUGCUGCAGCUGCCGCCGCUGUCUUUGUCAUGCGGCGGUCGUGAAUCUCACACAACACACACAAUUUUUUUUUGGUUGAAUACAACUUUUACCACGA